AGCAAACACACACUCCACAACUUGUGAGCCCUUUCCUCUCCCUUCUACCAACAAUGGCAAUGGUCUUAGAUUUCUUUAUCUCAAAAUUCAUGACAGUCACAGCGAACAUGGUGGAGGCAGAGAUCUUUAAGGUGCUCGGUGUUGAUAAGGAGAUCAAGGCCCUUCAAGAAAGGUUGGGGAUAAUUAAUGGUUAUCUCCAUCAGGCAGAGAGAAAUAGACACGGAAAUAAUGAAAUUGACAUUUGGGUGAGAAAGUUAAAGGAUGUUAUGUAUGAUGCUGAUGAUGUUAUUGAUCUUUGUAUGAUUGAAGGGGGAAAGUUAUUGAAAGCUCAAGUCUUGUCAGGUUCAUCGACUGUAAGCAUCCCUUUCAAUUAUCUCUUUUCAUGUUUUCAGUGUCUUAAAUAUCGUCAUGAUAUUGCUAAUCAAAUUAUAGCACUGAAUAGUAAGUUAGAAGAUUUGAAAAAAGAUGUCGUCAUAAAAAAUAAUUUGGAUUGGGCAACCAAAGAACCUGAUGAAUAUGUUAAUAGAGCGACUGCACAUGAGACAUCUCACCUGCAAGUUGAAGGAGAUAUUAUAGGAACACAAAUAGAAACUGCUAUUGAGACACUAGUUAGUUUGAUACUCGAGAAUAAUCCAAAGAAGUGUCGUGUUUUCGGAGUUGUGGGAACAGGGGGAAUAGGAAAGAGCACUCUAGCAAGCAAAAUAUUUGAGGAUGAACGGAUCAAAGAUUAUUUUCCAAAUAGAAAAUGGUUAUACGUUUCUAAAAAUUACACGGAGUCUGAUUUACUAAAAAAGUUGAUUAAGUUUGAGGAAGGAAGUGAAACCAAAGGAAAAAACCUUGAAGGUAAUAGUAGAGCAGAAUUAGAAAAUAGAUUUGUGUCUGUUCUCACACGGAAUACUUUGAUUGUGUUAGAUGAUGUAUGGGAUUCAUCUGUGUGGAUAGAUUUCUUGAGAAAGCCUAUAAUGAAUAGUACAAUAAGUUGUACGGUCUUAGUUACCUCUAGAAAAGAAAAGGUCAUAAUACCAAUGAAGCCUAGAUAUAUACACCCAGUUGAAAAGAUGGAUGAGGGAAGUGGUUGGAAUUUGCUUAAGCAUUUGGCUUUUGAAGCUGAAGGGGAUGAAGAUGAGAUAUCAAGUUUUGAAGAAAUAGGAAUUAAACUUGUCAACAAAUGUGAUGGUUUGCCUCUUGCCAUUAAAGCUAUUGGAGGGGUUCUAUACCAACAAAACAAAGCAAAAUGGGAGGAAGUUCUUGAAAGUGAUGCAUGGCAUAUGGAUCUGAUUGAGGAAGAAUUAAGACCUUUAUAUUUGAGUUAUGAAGACUUGCCAUCUAGUUUAAGACAAUGUUUUCUCUAUUGCUCUUUGUACCCUCAAAAAGAUAUGUAUUCUAAAAAGGUUAUUCAGUUUUGGGUUGCCGAAGGUCUUAUUAUGGAUGAACAAGAUAAGUUGAGGAGGGAUCUUCCAUCUCAAAAACAGAGAACAAUGGAAGAUCUAGGGGAGCAGAUUUACAGAGAGCUAAUUUGUAGGAAUCUCUUGGAAGCUGAUGCACUUUUAGAUGUCUCCAAGAGUUUCUUCUCUAUGCAUGAUCACUUCCGGUCGCUCAGUGCAAAUUUAAUGAGAGAGGAAGGGAUUUUAUAUCGACAUGGUAGAGAAUUACAAGUAGAUGAUAACAUAAAAAUUCGGCGGCUGUCAAUCUCUUGUAUGGAGCUUAACCUCGUGUUACCAACUCAAAUUAUAAGACAAGGGUGUCUGAGAACUCUAAUUCUCAUGGACUCCCCCGAAACCAAAAUGAUUGAGGAUAGUGUACUACAAGCAUUACCAUGUUUGCGAGUUUUGGAUCUCACAGCCACAUCAAUUGAAAAGAUUCCAGAUUGCAUUGGAGAUCUAUUGCAUUUAAGAUAUCUAGAUCUCGCAGGAACAGAUAUUCGUGAGAUUCCAACAACUAUCGGGAACCUUAUAAACCUUCAGACUUUGAAUGUCUAUGGGUGUCAGUACUUGGAAAGACUUCCAGCGUCCAUCACUAAGUUGCAUAAUCUAAGAUGGCUUAACAUGAUUGAUUGCCUACUUCUCACUUAUGUGCCCAGGGGAAUUGGGAAACUGGAAAAUUUCUAUUGCCUCGAGGGAUUUAUGGUUGGGCAGAAUGACUCAGCCUACGAAGAAGGUUGUGAUUUAGAAGAGCUGAAAAAUCUAUCCGAGUUGAGAUUCUUAAGCAUUUUUAGGCUUGAGAGGGCAGGAGGAGGAGCCUCUGCACUUGCAAACAAGCCUUUUCUUAAGCACCUUGCACUGUCCUAUUCGAAAGGGCAAAUGCAAAUCACUUCUUGGUUUGCCAUGCUGCACGGAGCUGCCUCCCUUGGGCACACUGCCUCAGCUCAAGUACCUCCGUAUUGA